AUGGAACUCUCGCAAUUUGAUAUUACCUUUAAGCCGAGGGGACCGAUCAAGGCCUUAUGCUUGGCCGACUUCAUAAACGAACUUCACCCUCACGACCAAUUUGAACAACAGUGGUGGACCCUCCAUGUAGACGGAUCCUCAAACAACCAAGGGAGCGGGGCAAGGGUAAUCUUAGAAGGACCGAGAGGGAUAACUUUAGAGCAAUCUUUGCGCUUCCGGUUCAAAGCUUCAAAUAACCAAGCCGAGUACGAAGCUCUAUUGGCCGGAUUGAGGUUGGCUGAGGACAUGGGUGCAUCAAGAAUCAAGUGUCGCACCGAUUCCAAGGUAGUGGCCGAGCAGGUGGGCGGAAAUUUCCAAGUAAAGGACCACAACAUGAUGAGAUACUAUCAUGCCUAUCAAAAAUUGAAGGCGAAUUUCCAGGAGGUGUUGGUCGAACACAUCCCCCGGGAAGACAAUACCCGGGCCGACUAG